CGUGAGCGUGUAUAGAAUAUAACGUCAACCUCGAAAAUGGCCGACAAACGUCAGGAAAUUUGACUUGUAUUGUUUUCUUGUUAUUUGUGUACAAAGCAAAACUAUGUUUGUUUCCAAGAGUAUUCAGUCCACCCAUAAAGACCUCAUUCAUGACUUAUCAUACGAUUUUCAUGGGACUAGAAUGGCCACAUGCUCCAGUGAUCAAACAGUGAAGAUCUGGGAUCAAGGCAGCGACGGAGAGUGGACUAACUCUGCUAGCUGGAAGACACACAGUGGUUCUGUGUGGCGGGUGACCUGGGCCCACCCGGAGUACGGGCAAGUGGUUGCAACAUGUUCAUUCGACCGUACAGCCGCUGUGUGGGAGGAGAUGGUGGGAGAAAACGUUGUGGAGGGCGAACACAGAUCCUGGAUCAAGAGGGCAAGUCUGGUUGACAGCAGAACUGCAGUUACUGAUGUGAAGUUUGCGCCAAAACAUUUAGGCUUGCAAUUGGCCACCUGUUCAGCAGAUGGUAUAGUGCGUGUUUACGAGGCACCGGACGUGAUGAACCUCAGUCAGUGGUCACUCCAACAUGAGAUCCCGUGUAAACUAAGAUGUAGCUGCCUCUCUUGGAACACAUCAAGACGCCACCCUCAAAUGUUAGCAGUGGGAAGCGAUGAUCCCAACCCAUCAGCUGGAGGAAAAGUACAGAUUUAUGAGUACAAUGAUGCCACUAGGAAAUGGAAUAAAGUGGAAACAAUCGCCAUGGUAACUGAUCCCGUCCAUGAUGUAGCAUUCUCUCCAAACCUCGGUAGAUCUUACCACCUUCUUGCCAUAGCCACAAAAACACUGAAAAUUAUCUCGAUAGAACCCCUCAGGAGAGAUGCCACUCUUAGUGGGCAGACCGGUUUAACAAAGUUUGAACUACGACAAAUUGGCGACUUCAACCAGCACGAUUCACAGGUGUGGAGAGUAUGUUGGAAUGUUCUUGGCACAGUGCUCGUCUCAUCUGGUGAUGACAGCUGUGUUCGCAUGUGGAAAGGAAAUUAUCUUGGCAACUGGAAGUGCAUAGCAACAAUGAAGGGUGAUGGUACGAGAUUAGACAGUCAGGUCCCCAUGGCAACCAGAGAACAGCCAAACAUACAGCCUGUCAGGAGACGGAGUGACUUGGCAUUGUACACAGAAAUGCCCCCACAAACAGGCAACAUGAAUAUCCGGCGCAGUGAUGGCUGGCCAACUUUCAACACAAAGAAAGACCAAAGCAAAGUCAUUUUAUGAUAGAAAUACAUUUGAAACAGUCUUGCAACUGAAAUGAUCCAUGUUCAUUGGACUUGAAUAUUGGUCAUUUUUAAUAAGUCUUAUUACCUGCUUUAGUAAAAAUAUGAGCAUUUGUAGGAUUUGUUUGUAGUUGCACAACUCUGGACUUGUACUUGCUAUUUACCACAGCACUAAUGUACGCCAUAUAAGAAGUUACAAAGUUUUGAGUACUAUGAACUGAAUUUAGCCAAAAAAAUGCCAAUAAAUUACUUUUCUACUGACCUAUAAUAUAUUGACGUGUCAACUACAAUGUUUAAGGUAUUGCUUUGUUGAUAGGAACUAUUGUCUCUGUUAGGAGCGGACGUGUUUUACUGGAAGUGACAUUAUACACCAAUGAUUCAUUUUACGGCACAUACAAGAACCAUAACUCUAUUCCAGGUAAUGUCAGAGCUAUUGCCCUUUGUCACUUUUCUCAUCUGGAGCAUAACUUGAAACCUGCUGGAUGAAAUUCAAUUAAAAUUCAUACAGUGGUAAAGCACAUUGAGGGGAAGUGCAGCAUACACAAACUUAAAUUUAUUCCAUCUUAUUACAGAGUUAGUACCCAUUGUUAUGUUUUCUAGCUGGAGUAUAACUUGAAAACUUCUGAAUGGAAACUAAUACAAUUUCAUACAAUGCUUUUAAUUAAACUAGUCGUUUUCUCUACAACAAAUGCCCUUGAUAACAGAUUUCACCAAUAAAAAUCAUUGUCCUAUAGAUUCGCAGGACCAUACAUCUAGAGCCCAGAAAAUUAAUUUCUUUUGCUUAAUUAAGAUUUAGGUAAAUGUUUUUUCUCCAUUCAAAGCACUAAAAUCCUAUGACUCUUACCAUAGAAACUAUUUAGAAGACCUAACAACAAUCCAAAAGAUUUAUAUGAAAAGUAUAUCUGAUAAUGAUAACAUGUGCUACAUACCUGAAGGUAUUGUGAAUAGUUGUUCAUAUUCAUUGUUUUGAAUAUUUCUUAAGCUGUAAAUCAUGUCCUCAAUGGAAAUUCAUUUUGUUUCAUAUUUGAUGUAUUGCAUUCUUUCCAUUGUAUAGGUGUAUUAUAAAUAAUAUGACUUAGUAUAAAACAUGCAUUUAUUUUGUGUCCAAAAUUACUUUGACAAAUAAAAAGGGCAUAUGAAUGAUGUUGCAAUGCCCCUCACUGAAAA